UUGAAUGGGGAAUGAUAAAACUGUGACACAAUCAACAUGCAUGAAGAAAGUGCAUGGACUUGAGAGAGUUUUGUGUGAAUUAUAAAUUAUGAAUUAUGGAGCUUCAGGAAAAAAUAGAUGUACCCGUGUUUACAAGAGUGGAUAGGGACGUGUUUCUACGUGAUAUUUAUCCAAAGCGUAGACCAGCUGUGCUCAGAGGAGUGUGUGUGGGGCCUUGUUUGGAAAAAUGGACGACUCAGUACCUCAGAGAGAAGGGAGGAGAUCUGGAGGUGAAGGUUCAUGUAUCCACUGUGCCAACGAUGGACUUCCUACAUAAGAACUUUGUUUACAAGACAUUGGCAUUCAAUGAGUUUGUGAAAAGGGCAUCGGAGAAAAUGCAUUCUGAUUUCUUCUUAUGUGAGGAUGAAAGUUACUACCUACGAUCUCUUGGAGAGGAUGUGCGAAAGGAACCAGCUGACAUAAAGAAACAGUUCCCAGUUUUGGCUGAAGAUUUUAAAAUCCCAGAGUUUUUUGAUCCAGAUAAAUUUUUCUCCAGUGUUUUUCGUAUCAGCUCCUGUGGUCUGCAGCUCUGGACUCACUACGACGUGAUGGAUAACCUUUUGGCUCAGGUGACAGGAACAAAAAGAGUGGUCCUCUAUAGCCCUCAGGAUGCACUGUAUCUGUACAUGUCAGGAGAUAAAUCUGAAGUCCUGGACAUAGACUCCCCAGAUCUGGAGAAGUUUCCUGAGUUUGUUAAAGCGAAGAGAUACGAGUGUGUGCUGCAGCCUGGAGACCUGCUGUUUAUUCCUGCCCUCUGGUUCCACAACACUCUAGCCUUGGAGUUUGGAGUGGGGGUGAAUGUGUUUUGGCGCCACCUACAGCCAGACAGUUAUGACAAAAAGGAUCCAUACGGAAAUAAGGACCCAGUGGCUGCGACUCGAGCUCUCCAGGCUUUAGAGAGGGCACUGCACACUUUGGACGAACUGCCUCCUGAGUAUAAGGACUUUUAUGGACGAAGGAUGGUUCAGAGAAUACAGAAGAGGACUUACUGUGAACCAAAUGAGCCAAAGGACAGUAAUAAUGGUGAAGUAAAAAAUCCUGGAUAAAACGAGGAGAAAUCAGUUUGUGAGGUUAAAAUUUUGGCUAUAAUGCUUUUUGCACUAUAUUUAAUA